AUGCUGCUCGGGGCGUCCUGGCUGUGCGCGUCCAAGGCGGCCGCCGCUGCUGCGCAGAGCGAGGGCGACGACGACAGGCCGGGUGAGCGGCGGCGGCGGCGGGCGGCGGCCACGGCGGCGGCGGCGGGCGAGGACAUGGACGAGUCGUCGCUGCUGGACCUGCUGGAGUGCUCGGUGUGCCUGGAGCGCCUGGACACCACGGCCAAGGUGCUGCCGUGUCAGCACACUUUCUGCCGCCGCUGUCUGGAGAGCAUCGUGUGCUCACGCCACGAACUGCGCUGCCCUGAGUGCCGCAUCCUGGUGGGCUGCGGCGUGGACGAGCUGCCCGCCAACAUCCUGCUGGUGCGCCUGCUGGACGGCAUCCGUCAGCGGCCCCGCGCUGGCGCCAGCCCCGGCGGUAGCCCGCCCGCGCGCCCCGGCCCCGGCUCGGGGGCGGCCUCGGCGCUCGCGGGUGGCGGGGGCAGCGCGGCGGGCAGCGCCCCCGGCUCCCCAGUCUUCCUCCCUGCGGCGGCCGGCAGCGCCACCGCCAGCCUGCGCGAGCUGGCGACCAGCAGGAGUGCGCCCGUGGCAAAGAACCCCUGCUGCCUUCCCUAUGGGAAGGCACUCUACAGUUACGAGGGGAAAGAACCCGGCGACCUCAAGUUCAGCAAGGGCGACAUCAUCAUCCUGCGGCGCAGGGUGGACGAGCACUGGUACCAUGGGGAGCUGCACGGGACGCAUGGCUUCCUGCCCGCCAGCUACAUCCAGUGCGUCCGGCCCUUGCCGCAGACCCCGCCCCAGGGCAAAGCACUUUAUGAUUUCGAGAUGAAGGACAGAGACCAGGACAAGGACUGUCUGACCUUCACCAAGGACGAGAUCCUGACCGUCAUCAGAAGAGUGGAUGACAACUGGGCAGAAGGCAUGCUGGGAGACAAGAUUGGGAUUUUCCCCUUGCUAUAUGUGGAGCUCAACGACUCAGCCAAGCAGCUCAUUGAGAUGGACAAGCCAUGCCCAGCGGCUGCGUCUGGCUGCCACGCCCCCUUGCCCUCCGACCCUGGCGCGGCGGCCAGUGUGGCCCCAGGACCCGCAUUAAGCAGCACAGGGGCGGUCAGUGCCUUUCAGCGGCGUGUGGACAGCAAGAAGAAUGCCAAGAAGCGCCACUCCUUCACCGCGCUCAGUGUGACACACAAGUCCUCCCAAGCCACAAGCCACAGGCACUCCAUGGAAAUCAGCGCUCCGGUCUUGAUCAGCUCCAGCGAUCCCCGGGCUGCAGCCAGAAUCGCAGACCUGGCUCAUCUGUCCUGCAGUGCUCCCGCCCAGGACUCCUCUUCCUCGGCCGGACCCGCCCCAGCGGCUGAACAGCAAGGCACAGCUCCCAAAAUCCAGCUGCCCCUCAACGUGUACCUGGCGCUCUAUGCUUACAAGCCCCAGAAGAACGACGAGCUGGAGCUACGGAAAGGCGAGAUGUACCGGGUCCUAGAGAAGUGUCAGGACGGCUGGUUCAAGGGAACGUCCCUGAGGACUGGGCUGUCUGGGGUGUUCCCAGGAAACUACGUGACGCCCGUCUCCAGGGCUCCUGUAGGAGGGGCUGGGCCACCCCGGAAUAAUGUCGUUGGAGGGUCUCCGCUGGCCAAAGGGAUGGCCACAACUAUCCACCCAGGUGGUGGAAGCCUGAGCAGCCCAGCCACUGCCACAAGGCCGGCCCUUCCCCUCACCACCCCCCAGGCCCAGCACCAGGCAGCCUCUCCCCCGAUGGGCAGUUGCCUGCGGCACACAGCCCAGCCAGCCACCAGCCAAGCCCGGGGCACUGUCCCCACAGCUGCCCACUCCUCAGCCCAGGCCCAGGACCGACCAACGGCCACCGUGUCACCCCUGCGCACCCAGAACUCCCCAUCCCGCCUGCCUGCCGCCAGCCUCAGGCCCCACUCGGUGGUGUCCCCGCAGCACGUGCACCAGCCCCCCGUGCAGACGGUCAUUGGGGCCCCGUGCCCCCGACCAGCCAUCCCACUCACAUCCGCAGCGUCUGCCGUCACACCUCCCAAUGUCAGUGCCGCCAACCUCAACGGGGAGGCCGGAGGGGUGCCUGUCAGUGGCCUGUCGUCAUCCAGCCCCACCAACACUGGAUGCAAACCAGAUGACAAGAAAAAUGAAAAGAAAGAGAAGAAGAGUGGGCUGCUGAAGCUUCUCGCUGGGGCAUCCACCAAGAAGAAAUCUCGCUCCCCACCGUCCAUCUCUCCAACCCACGACCCCCAGGUGGCAGUGGACACCUCCCUCCAGGGUGCAGUGGGGCCCGAAGUGUCCUCGCUGUCCAUCCACGGCAGGGCAGGGUCCUGCCCCAUAGAGAGCGAGAUGCAGGGUGCCGUGGGCAUGGAACCACUGCACAGAAAGGCGGGCUCCUUGGAUCUGAACUUCUCCUCAUCCCCCUCCAGGCAAGCACCUCUCUCCAUGGCUGCCAUCCGUCCUGAGCCCAAGCCUCUGUCCAGGGAGAGGUACCGCGUGGUGGUCUCGUACCCUCCCCAGAGUGAGGCAGAGAUUGAGCUGAAGGAAGGCGACAUUGUCUUUGUGCACAAGAAGCGGGAGGAUGGCUGGUACAAGGGGACCCUGCAGAGGAACGGCCGCACCGGUCUCUUCCCGGGCAGCUUCGUGGAGAGCUUCUGA